CCUUUCUUCUUAUCAAACACUCAAACUGCAAUGCAAUUUCGUAGGAAUUUUCUCAGAUCAUUCUGUUUUUGAACCUUUUCUCUUGUACUGACUACUGUCAUCUUCCGCAGCUUUUAUUUCACGUUUGUAUAAUCUUCAUGUAAAAUUAUAGACUUCCUCGCAUGAUUCCAAGUACCUAUAUUAUCAUUAAUUAAUGAUCUGUCGUUGUCAAACACUUGGUCUUGGUAACACAUCUGAGCCGAUCGUAUAUCACAAUGAAUACCUUAGAACAACGUAUCUAUGUUCAGAUGACCAAAUCAACGGCGAAAUCAUUCGAAAACUUCGUGGACUCGUUGGUGAAACACGACGAAGUAGUCAGCGAUGCCGAACUCAUCAACACGAUGCAACGAAUUACUAAAAAACUACAAACCGUGAUGAGCAAAUGGGACCGUAAACUCGAAAGAGUAACUCAUACCGAAACCAAUAAUUCAUGUUCCUCGUUCAAAGUUCCUGUCCUCACCAAUACCGGUAACGGUGGCAUCGACGAUAUCGUUAAUUUCAGCAAAGUUAGUCGAUGCUCGGUCGGAUCUACUACAGAAAUCGACCCUAAACCGGGAUGUUCGUACAACACCAGUUCAACUGAUUAUGAUCAAGAGAAAAAACUCAUGAUGGUAUUCAAAGAUACCGACGAACAGUUGUAUCUUGGUGCUGCUGGUUUCUAUGUCGAAGGAAUUACCGAAGGGUUUUGGAAAUGUAACCCCUGUGAUGCUAAUAAUCUGCCGUUGAAUAAUCUUCUUUCUCAUGUUAAUGGUAAAGCUCAUAAGAAGAAGAUUAACUUUAAAGGUGUCUAAUAUAAUUAGAUAUCUUUCAGUCAUUUUUUUUAAAAAUCUAUUCGUACCUACGUUGAUACGGUCGUUACUAUACUAAUGUUACUAAGAUUUCGUUCGAUUCUCAUAUUACGGUUCGUUCUACCUUUUUCCCUAUAUUUUAGUUUUUUUUUUAAAGUACUGUUUUUUUUAAUUUGUUUAUUUUGAAAAAUUAUAAUAUUCUAUCGAGUAAUGA